AUGGCCAUCAGAACCAGGAAGUAUCAGGACUUUGUGAGUGAGCCUAUGGGGGACAAACCUAUUACAGCAGUUGAUGGUAUCAAUGAGGCGCUUGGAGCAAAACUAGCUGCCAAAGGCUUUGACAAGGCCUACAUCCUCCUGGGCCAGUUCCUGCUCUUAAAGAAGCAAUGUGCUCCGUUUCAAAAAUGGCUGAAGUCCUGUUAUGGAGCCAACAGCUUCGAAGCUGAGCAGUGCGCUCUGUGUCUCUUGGAGUGGUGUUACACAUUCGUUUAA